AUGUCAACGCCCAACGGUAGAAAUGGACAGACCCUUUUCACCUUCCUAGCCCUGUUAUUAGCCAUUCUACUAAUCUACGAUAUUUAUAGACAACUUGACCUGAAUGGAGGAGGCAAAGGUUCGACCUGUCUUCCUCCGUUUGUUUCACGUAAUCCAACAUUUCUGACUUCAAAAGCUCACAAUAUCUCAGUAUGUAAGAUUGAAAAGACGAUGUCGACCUUUCUCACCGGUAUUAUAUGUUAUUUGGAUAGAAAGGAAAAGUUUAUCAAAGCCAACCGGAAUAUACAUUCUGAAGGGUGGUCCCAGAGAUUCUGUGGAAAAACCAUCGAAUUCCAUAAAAAUCCUCUCGACAAUAAUACCCUGAAGGCCAAUAUGUGGAAGAAUUGGCACCUUUUAGCCGUCGUUCGAGAUCCAAUAUCGCGUUUCAUUUCCGGAUAUAUCAAUAAGUGUCUUGUCGAAGUCGACCAGCCCAAACGGAAAAAGAAUUGCUAUUCGUGCAAUAAGAAUCUCACAUGUUUCGUGGAACAUCUUUAUAAGAAUGCUCAAAUGUUUAUAAGAGCCGAUGGGAAGAAAUAUCUAACCUACGAAGCUAAGCAUUUCUUCCCGCAAUCAUGGUACUGUGCCUUUAACAAUUAUUCAUAUACCGUAAUCCAUUAUGGGGAUGAUGCCAGUACUAGGCAUAAAAUGUCCACCGAAAUUUUGCAGUUUUUGAAGGAUGCUAAGGUUGAGCAAAGCAGUCUAAAAUAUAUCGAGGACGAAUUGAACUUUAAAUCGCCACAUAGUAAUAAAAACAAUUCGUAUAAGGAUUUGAUCCUGACCGAAAUCAAAUCAACUCCAUUUUUAAUGAAAUGCCUUGUUCAAAUGUUCUAUUAUGACUAUAUCUUAUUUGGGGUCCCAUUGCCAUUUCAAAACCAA